CAUAAACAGGAGUUCCAUAUCCAUAUCCGAGCCCUCGUAUAUAUACACCCCGGGAAUGAUUUCUUCCCACUGCUACUGGCCACUGCUGCCCUCCUCCUCGUCUUUCUGUCUCGUCGUAGGUUGUGAAGAAAAGAAACCGCCAACAUGUCUGAAAAAAAGAUGACUUCGAGCCGCAGACAUCACCUAAAGAGUUUGAUGCUGCAGAUUGCGGCGAACUGGAUUGAAAAUGAGAAGAAGGAAAUCGCAGCAGCCAAGCAGGCCUACAUGGCUGAACACUGCCCUGCACCCAACCUGGGCGGAGACCAGGCCACUCUCAUGGAAACCUGCAAAAAGCUUCACGCCCUCAUCGACAAAGUGGAUGAGGAGAGGUACGACCUGCAGGCCAAAGUGGGCAAGGCCGAUAAAGAGAUCGACGACCUGAAGAUCAAAGUGGUCGACCUGGCUGGAGUGAAGAAGCCCGCUCUGAAGAGAGUGCGUAUGUCCGCUGACGCCAUGUUGAAAGCUCUGCUGGGCUCCAAACAUACAGUCAACCUGGACCUGAGGGCCAACCUGAAGCAAGUCAAGAAGGAGGUGAAAGAGGAGCCUAUAGAGGCCGGUGACUGGCGUAAGAACAUUGAGGACAAGGCCGACAGGAAGAAGAUGUUCGAGAGUUCCUAAAGAACUUAACUCUGCUCGUGGCUCUUGUAGUUGCUCUGGGCUGUUAGCACUUUUUAUGGAAUUUUUCAUUGAGUUGAAAUACCUUUUGUUUCAUUAAAUCUGUAAGUUUCA